GAUUCCUAUCGCGUGAUGGGCGGGUUCGAGCAGCGUCCCUGGACACCGACGAAACGGCGGGGACCGAUUGCGGCGGAACACCGUGGCCCCGGGCCACAAUACCUUCUACCACAACUUCUCGGUACGAAAGUGGUAGACUCCAAACGGCAAGCCGCUCCCGCCUACAGCUUCGGUCAGCGACACAAACCUCGCACGGAAUCAUUCAGUCCGGGUCCGCUCUAUAACAUCACCGGGUUAGGAUGCAAGGGCAAGGAUGCCCCGCCGGCCUACUGUUUGCAAAGUCGACCGAAGGAGAUACCCAAAUACCUGACACCAGCACCGGGCGAGUACAAUAUCGAGAAGUCGGACAAAAUGCUGGUCAAGUCGGCUCCAAAAUACACGUUCGGUGUGAAAAAACCGCCGAAUCCGACCAGCCAAACACCAGCUCCCGGGGACUAUAAGCCGGAACGUGUAGUGUUAGAUAGUACACCGAAGUAUUCGUUCGGCAUCAAAACCGAAAGCAAAUUGCGAAACGACACACCAGCCCCCGGUACCUAUUCGCCGGAAAAAGUGCUAAAGGACAAAUCACCCAAAUAUAGCUUUGGGCUUAAAGUAAUACCCGAGAAGAUCGAAGAAACGCCAGCCCCCGGAGCAUACCAACCAGAGAAGGCGUUAGCGUUGGAUAAAAAACCAGCGUACAGCUUUGGCCUGAAGACGAUCGUUGAAAAACCGAACAACACACCGGCACCAGGCGCGUACGAGCCGGAGAAAGUGAAGCUGAACACAACUCCGGCGUACAGCUUUGGCAUACGAUCGGCGAUCGACAAGCCCAACUCGAAUCCUGCACCGGGCGCUUAUGAGCCAGAAAAAGCAAAGAAGCUGAACGAUCAUUCACCUGCAUUUGCAUUCGGCAUGCGCAUCAAUCACGACAAGCCUAGCUGUACCCCGGGACCAUCAGCUUAUCAGGUCGAGAAGGUUAAUCUCGAUCACCAGCCAGCGUACAGUUUCGGGUUGCGGACGCAUGUUGCCAAGCCGAAUAUCACGCCCGCACCCGGUGCGUAUUCCCCGGAGAAGGCCAAUCUCGAUAACACUCCGAAGUACAGCUUUGGAAUUCGAUCGACAAUCGACAAACCGGACAAUAUACCCGCUCCAGGAGCGUACUCUCCCGAGAAGGCCAAAGUAGAUAAUAGUCCUGCGUACAGUUUCGGUGUGCGCACGAAGGCGGAGAAACCAAGUGCCAAUCCCGGUCCGGGGGCGUACAAUGCGGACAAGGUUGUUGAUGGAAAAUCGCCGGCGUACUCGUUCGGAUUGCGCCCGAGCGUGGGAAAACCGCAAGAUGUUCCCGGUCCUGGAGCUUAUAACGCUGAUUGUGUGGAUCACGCCACACCGGCGUAUUCGUUCGGUGUGAAGACGAACGUACAUAAACCAAGCGUCGUGCCUGGUCCUGGCGCAUACGAUGCUGACAAAACGAUCGAUAAAUCGUCACCAUCGUACUCUUUUGGUGUUAAAACGAACACCGACAAACCAAGCACAAUUCCCGGUCCAGGUGCAUAUGAUGCAGAUAAAGCGAACGACAAAUCCUCCCCGGCAUACUCUUUCGGAGUGAAGCCCAACAUGGAGAAACCUAGUGCCAUUCCUGGACCGGGUGCGUACGAUGCGGAUAAGCUCGCGGAUAAAUCAUCUCCAGCGUAUUCCUUCGGAGCCAGAACGAACGUAGACAAGCCUAACGCCGUUCCCGGACCUGGAGCUUACGAUGCCGAUAAAGCGAACGACAAGUUUUCUCCGGCAUACUCAUUCGGAAUGAAGAUCAAUUUGGAAAAACCAAACGCCAUCCCUGGUCCUGGUGCUUACGAUGCAGAUAAAGUGAUCGACAAGUCUACACCAGCUUAUUCUUUUGGUGUGAAAACUAACCUUGAGAAACCGAAUGCAAUGCCUGGUCCUGGUGCAUAUGAUGCGGACAAGGUUGUUGAUAAAUCUGCGCCAUCCUAUUCAUUCGGUGUGAAACCAAAUCUUGAGAAGCCAAACGUUGUGCCAGGACCGGGAGCAUAUGAUUCUGACAAAUCAGCCGACAAAUCUACGCCAUCUUACUCUUUCGGUGUUAAACCAAAUCUUGAGAAGCCGAAUGCUAUUCCUGGCCCGGGAGCGUACGAUUCUGAUAAGGUAAUCGAUAAGUCUUCCCCAGCAUACUCCUUCGGAGUGAAGACAAACGUGGAGAAGCCGAGCGCAAUUCCCGGCCCGGGAGCAUACGAUGCUGACAAAAUGAACGAUAAGUUUUCUCCAGCGUACUCCUUUGGUGUUAAGACUAACGUAGAGAAGCCUAGUGUUAUCCCCGGACCAGGAGCAUACGAUUCGGAUAAAGUGAUUGAUAAGUCUUCCCCGGCGUACUCCUUUGGAGUAAAGACGAACGUGGAAAAGCCUAGCAUGAUUCCAGGUCCAGGAGCAUACGAUGCCGAUAAAGUAAUCGAUUCGUUUUCUCCGGCGUACUCCUUUGGAGUAAAAACAAACGUAGAGAAGCCUAGCGUAAUUCCAGGUCCUGGUGCAUACGAUGCAGAUAAAGUGAUCGAUCAUUCCUCGCCAGCGUACUCCUUCGGGGUAAAGACAAACGUGGAGAAGCCUAGUGUGGUACCAGGCCCAGGAGCAUAUGAUGCGGACAAAGUGACCGAUAAAUCCUCUCCAGCGUACUCAUUUGGCGUCAAAACGCAUGUAGAAAAACCCAGCGUUAUCCCUGGACCGGGAGCAUACGAUACCGAUAAGAACCAAGAAUCGAUUACUCCAGCGUAUUCGUUCGGAGUGAAGCAUGUGACGUCAAAAGUGAUCCCAACACCGGCUCCGGGCGCGUACUCCCCUGAGAAAUACACAUUCCACAAUCCAGCCUACACUUUCGGUGUGCGGCCGAACAUUGAUAAGGUUGAUGUUGUACCGGCACCAGGUGCCUAUAAUCCGGAAGCGGUUAAAUUGGAUAACAGCCCGGCGUACUCGUUCGGAGUGAGACCAGUCAUUGACAAGGUUGAUUCAACUCCUGCACCAGGAACGUAUUCGGUAGAGAAAGUAAAGCUCGAUCACUCGCCAGCAUAUCCUUUCGGUAUCAAGGUGAAUCGAGAGAAGCCUAAUGAUGUGCCAGCUCCCGGCGCCUAUAAUCCCGACAAAGUGAAGUUGGAUCACGCACCUGCGUACAGUUUUGGAAUCAAACAUAAAGGAGAAACGUUGCGAGAUACUCCGGCACCAUCGGCGUAUCAACCAGAGAAAUGCAAAAACGAUUGCUCACCGGCGUACAGCUUCGGCGUGAAGGUAAAUCACGAAACGAACACUCACGAAAGCCCAGUAGUCGUGACCAAUGGUGAUUCGACUGCCGUGGCUUCUACGAAAACGAUGGUGAUCAGCAAUGGCCACGCGGCAGUGGCUAAUCACAGCACCACGAACAACAGUUCUACCAGUUCUAGUACCAGUGCAGUACAGCAUGUCCGUGAAGGAGACGGUACGGUUACGAUGAAAACCGUCACGACGACGAGGACGACCGGUGGCAUGAAAGUGGUCCGUGAACGAAAGACCACUACCGAGGAGCAUUCGUCCGCGUCGGUCGCAACCAUCGGCGAAGGUCUUGUACCGAACUGUAUUGCCGGUGUGAAGCAGCUUGCGAAUGUACAGCACCAGCGCAUGGUUUGCACUGGCCACUUCCGAGCCUAGAAGAGACCGCACAUGGCUUCGAA